ACUUUAGACGAGAGACGGCCUCGCGGGACUAUGUGACUCACUGUAGUCACUGUAGUCGUGUUCCCUUGCUCGCUGGAACGAGGUUACUUCUCUGGAUCAAUUGUCAACUUCUUUUGUUACUUUCUGUGCAGCAACCAGCAACGAAGCUAGAAAAUGGGUCAAUCUCAAAGUGAUUCGUCCGCGUCCACCAUUGAUGAGACCCCAAAGGAGAACUCAAAUGCCCCACCUUCUUCCUUGGAAUCUCUAAUUGCAGAGGCAGCAGCAUACGGUGAUAGCGAGAAUGAGUCUAUUGAUGCAAAAGCUAGAAAAGCGUUGGAAUGCCCAUGUAUAGCUGACUUGCGAGAAGGCUCAUGUGGGAGUCAAUUCUCAGAGGCCUUCCUCUGUUUUCUUAAGAGCACUGCUGAAGAAAAGGGCUCCGACUGUGUGCAUCCGUUUGUGGCAUUGCAAAGUUGUAUAAAGGCCAAUCCAAAUGCAUUUUCAAAGGAUAUUGUGGGAGAUGAUAAAGUCAAGGAAGAAGUGUCUUCUGCAAAUUACAGAAUACAUCCACCAAAAUGGUCUUUAGAAUCCCAAAGUCCUAAACCUAAACUGUAAACCGUAGAGAAAAUUAUUCACCCCAAAAUUUGCGCAAAACUUCCUUUGUCUAUUGGCAUGCAUGUUUUAUGAGUAGUAAAGAACAAUCUAGCACCACGGCUUGUUGUAUGCAGGUUGAUUGCUCGAGGAUAGAAAUGAAAAGAUAGCUGAAAUGCUCUUUUGAGAA